AUGGUCGCCUCCAACAACUACCGUGACGACGACGACGACGACGAUGAAGAGAAUCGAGCUGCAGAUAUCCCUAUCCUGACCGACGACGAGCCUGACGAUGACGCUGUGAGCCGAGAUUUCCAUGUACGGUCUGCGUCCGAAUCCUCUGCGACCGCGCUUCCGCUUCCCGUAUGGCUUCGAGAGUCUGGCGCGACCUUCAAGUUCAAAUGGGUGCCCCUGCCGCUGCGCAAGGCCUCGAGAGCAGUGGUGACUUGGGUGAAGGGACCUAUUCCUCCACGAGUGCUCAAGAUAAACCCUGUAUACCCAAAGAUACAAGAAGCGCCUCUGAGAUUGUUGGAUAGAUAUGCGCCAAAGAAGAAGCAACGUCUGAUCCUGCUGGUCGGGCUGUACGCUUGCUGGUUUUUGACAUGGUCUCUGAUGCUCAAACACCAUUCCGCGUCUGGGUUCAUCAAAGGCUACGGACGGCCUCGCAAUCUAUGGUGUGGUGCCAGUUUCUGGAACGAAGGCAACGGCUGCGGACUGAAUGGCAACGACUGUCGACCCUUUUCCUCGGCGCAUAUGACCUUUCGCUGUCCCGCCAAUUGCAAAGGGACGCACAUGCUCGAGGAACACAUGGUCGGCAACCAGUUACUCCGAUACCAAACCCUUGUGGUGGGCGGACCGGACCCGCUGGAGCCAGACUCGGUACCAGUGUAUCGAGGAGACAGUUUCAUCUGCCAGGCUGCUAUCCACGCCGGUAUCACGACCGACGCCACCGGAGGCUGCGGUGUAGCUACACUGGUCGGAUCGCACACGAACUUCCAUGCGACCAAGUCGAACGGGAUUGAAAGUGUGUCGUUCCCCGGCACAUUUCCACGAUCAUUCACCUUUCAGAGACUGUCGCCCGCCCAAGCCAAAUGUCCCUCCGACUCGCGAUGGCCCCUGUUCGCAGUCACGGCCGUCACUCUGGUUGUGUUGUCCAUCUUCACCGCGUCCCCUGCCGUGUUCUUUUUCAGCACUUUCGUUAUCAUGUUCCUGCAUGUCGGGCUGGUCUCUGAUCCGCCGAACGCGGCCAACAUCUACGAAGCCAUCAGUACGUUGCUCGGGCGCUUCCUGCCCGCAGCGUUCAUCUCGUUCAUUCUGUACCGGGUCGCGGCCGUGCCGCUUCUGCGAGGGUUGACGGCACAGAUCGAGAAGACGGUGCUGUACCUGGGCAUGUGCUUCAUCGGGGCUCUGAACAACUAUACAUUUGCUCCGCUGAUCCCGAUUGAGCGCCUCACACCUCACGACCUUGCCCAACCCGGUGCGCCGUUCGCUCUGGCCAUGAUCGUCACCAUCAUCGUCGUAAUUGUCGUCACACAGAUCCACUUCAUUCGCAUCUCAGGCAACAUGCCCAAGUACCUCGCCAUUUACGCGGCCAUGGGCCUGGCGCUGAUCAUCCUGCUGGCCCUGCCGGGUGAGAGGCUGCGCAUCCACCACUACAUCCUGGCGCUGCUCUUCAUGCCGGGUACGGGCUUCCAGACCCGCCCUGGGCUCGCGUACCAAGGGCUGCUCCUCGGGUUGUUCAUCAACGGCAUCGCGCGCUGGGGCUUCUCGAGCAUAAUCCAGACGCCCGCGGCGCUGGGCGAGUCCGGCUCGAGUGGCCACGGCGGCGGAUCGUGGUGGGGAGCCCACUCUCCCAACGUCACGGCCGUCGUGGGCCCUGCCGCGAACAACAUCACCUUCAACUGGGGUCCGCUGCCUACGGACACGGGCGUCGACGGCGUGAGUAUCUUGAUCAACGACGUCGAGCGCUGGCGCGGAUACACGGACGCAGAACUCUACUGGGACCAGGAGCACGUCACGCUCGAUCGACUCAAGAGGGACGGUGGUGCCGAUGAUUCUGGUGGUAGUAGUGGUGUUGCAGGAGAACCCGUCGCCGAGCCUGAGUUUUUCAGGUUCGCAUGGAUGAAGGGCAGUGACACGGGCACAUACUCCAAGGUUGGCGUGUGGGAUGAACAAGGGCAGUGGCAUGGUUGGUCAUCCACGAAGUCACACUAA